AUGAAUGGAGUCCUCGCCCUUUCAGCAUACCAAGUUGCGUCAGUUACUCACUGCCAACAUGCCCGUCGAAAAGAGUAUCAAUAUCAGAUGCUAGCUAUCCAAGACCUCAGGCGAUGUCUGUCCAACUUUGGACCAGAGCAUGCUGAUGGAGCGCUCGUUGCCUCAAUGGCACUACUAUGGCUCUGUGAAGACAUGUCGAGCCGAAGACAGAUUGCAGAAGGUAUCUCGGCGAUUCUGCAAACAUGCCAUCGCCUAGGUCACCAAUCCGGAUUUUAUCACAUGAUAGCAAAAGCGUGGCGUCAAACUGCUCAUUUGCACACAACACUCAAGGCAGAAUGCGGAAAGCCGAACGGGCUGCGGCGCAUAAUUGUCGAGAUGCAGAAAUUCAAGACUUUCUUGAAAGAGGAAGAACCGGAUGACGACACCUGGAGACAGCUGCGGCUGCUCAUCGCCCUCGCCGAGGACUUGACCGAACUGGAGCCGUCGACACCCGCUGAUAAGCAAUUCGAACAGAUCCGGCUACUGCGAGACUACAAGCUCUGGCUCCCUCUCAAUGACCUCUUGACCGGCAGGAACCUGUCGAGCACGCUGAUGGUCAAUGCCUAUCUAUACACGAUAGCUUUAUACGCUCAGCGCCAGACAUCGCAAGCGUAUAUGAUUGACCUGGGAGUCGACCUGCCCAGUUUGCUGGAUGAGACGUUACGGCAGAUCACACCUGUAAAAUCGUACAUUGGGCCACUCAACAACCUGAAAGCCCUGCAAGUUCAGAUUGUGGCGACGGAAUUGAACAAACGCCACCAAGCAACAGGCGAAUGCCUGAGACUCGAAGAAGUCACCCUUGACGAUGUACCCGUUCUCACAGAGGUAUGGUUCGCAGCUUUUACCGAUCCUGGAAUCCGACGCAUCUGGCCUGAUACACCGGCGGUACGCAACUGGUGGACCCAGGGCAAUCGCCACGACUUGAUCCAUAAACCGUUUCAACGCUACGUCAAAGUUGUCGAUCCAGACUCUAAAGAUGCUAAUGGCCGUCCACGCAUCGCGGCUUUUGCCAAGUGGGAUACUUCGAUGCCCUGCGAGCGGGGUCGACGAUAUCCGCCAUGGAGUGAGGACCAGCCUGGUCAAGUCUGCGACGACUUCAUUGCCAAAGAGGAAGUGGAAAGACUCCGCGUUAUGGGAGACCAAAAGCACUACUAUCUCGAUACGUUGGUUACGCAUCCUGACUACCAACGCUGCGGAGCUGGCUCAAUGCUUAUGAAAUUUGGUUGUGAUCUAGCAGACAAGGACGGAGUUGCAGCGUAUGUGGAUGCGAGCAAGUCUGGGGCCGGGCUUUACAAACGUUUUGGGUUUGUGGAUGAGAGCUUACCCGGUUCUGGCGACGUCGCUUCCAUGGUUCGACGAUAA